AUGUCGACUUUAUCCUCCCCACGGCCAUCGAUUGCCUCCUCGCGAGCCCAUUCUCCAGGACCGCCCUCGUCCCGCCCGUCUCUUGAUGUCUUGAAUACCAACGUCAGCGGCGGGCUCAGUGCCGCCUCUACCCCGUCCACCGCGCGAGCUCUCUCCCCCUCCUUCAACCCCCGACGGAAUCGCAGCGCCCUCCGUGAUUACUAUAACCUCAAACCGCCUGGUGCGGAUCAAUCUGCGUCCAGGGAUGCCUCUCGCUCGCGCAGUGUUCCCCGGACUACCGAUGCCGGCGAUAUCUCCAACCCGUCCGCUUUAGCUUCAGGGACUGAGCUUGACAGUGCGGACUUUGACCCGCAUCGUUAUGUUGAGCAUCUUCUUUCUUCAUCAACUCUAUCUACGGUGCUGAAAGCCGAGAAUACGCUUGUUGGCGAUAUCCGGACUCUCGACGGAGAGCGGAAGGCGCUGGUCUACGAUAACUACUCGAAGUUGAUUCGUGCUGUGGAGACCAUUGGGAAGAUGCGACGCAGCAUGGAUGAGCGCGGUGCUCCGUUGACUAUGACGAAGACCCUGGGUCCUGCAAUUGCAUUCGUUGCGGAGACUGCUGGCGGACUCAUUCAGGAAAGAGAGGAGCAGCGGCGGCGAAUGAAAGAGGCCAAGGCUGAAGAUGGAGCUUCUGGGUUGAAGAAAGAAAAGGAUACUGUCCGGUGGGUGCUCGCUGCACCUCAAAGACUGGAGAAAUUGGUGGCGGAGGAUAAGUGGGAGGAUGCGGAGAAAGACUGGAAGGAGAUCCAGCACUUGCUUAACGCUUGGGGUGAGGUGAAGGGCAUUGCUGAGAUCCGGGAAUCAUGCGAAAAGGUCAUGAGCCAGGAUGGCAAUGACGAUUGA